AUGUGGUCUGACUCAAAAACAGUAUUGUCUUGGUUAAAAUCGGACCAUCGGCGUUACAAGCCCUACGUAGCGCAUCGGGUAAAUGAAAUUUUGGAUGGCAGUGAAAUUAAUGAAUGGCGAUGGGUACCCAGCGCACUUAACCCAGCUGACUUCGGAACGCGUCCCAGAGAUGGAAGGCGCGUGUCAUUCUGGAUCACAGGUCCGAGCUUUUUACAGCAAAACGAGAACAACUGGCCGCCAAAUGCAUCUUGUGAACCUACAGACGUUGAGCUGCGCAACAAAUUCACGAUAUUAAUAAUUAAUACUAAUACUUCAUUUUUUAAGAGAUUUUCGUCCUUCAACCGACUGAGAAGAGUAGUUAGCUGGAUGUUGCGAUUUCGGGAAAACUGUCUCAAGACAAAAGCGACACGCGUUUAUGACGACUUGAAGGUGUUCGAGUUGCAAAAGGCCGAAACAGUAGUCUUACGAUCAACACAGAUGGAAGAGUUUGCGGAUGAAUACCAUGCCCUGCGCAUGGGCAAGCGGAUAGAGAAGGGUAGCGCGUUGUGGAAGCUCAGUCCCGUUAUGGAUGCGGAGGGCGUCAUAAGACUGGGUGGUCGAAUAGACGCUGCCACCACGAUUUCAUCAUGUACGAGACGCCCGAUAAUCCUAGCUAAGCGAUGCUACGUAACGGAGUUGCUGAUAGAUCAUUACCAUCGCUCCUGGAAACACCAAAACGAAUCCACAAUAAUUGCCGAAAUACGACGCAAGUACUGGAUCCCUAAUAUAAGGGUCGAAGUGCGUCGCGUCACUAAAAGAUGCCAGUUUUGCGUCAAUGCAAGAGCCGUUCCAGAUCAACCAGAAAUGGGCCAAUUGCCAGUAGAUCGGCUGACACCAUUCGUUAGGCCUUUCACAUACACCGGCUUAGACUACAUGGGACCGUUCAACGUUGUCAUCGGUAGGCGAAACGAGAAGCGCUGGAUCGCCCUCUUUACUUGCCUAACAACGAGAGCGAUACAUUUGGAAAUGGCGAAGGACCUCUCCACCGACACCUGCCUGUUAUGUAUCAGGAACUUCAUGUGUAGGCGUGGAACCCCUGUGCGUAUCCGUUCGGACAACGGUACGAACCUCGUUGGUGCUGACAGGGAGCUUAAACGACAGCUUAUGGAGUUUAAUAAUGGCAAAAUAGCAAAUGCGCUUGCGAAUAAAAACAUUGACUGGGUUUUCAAUUGCCCGUUGAACCCGCACGCUGGAGGCUGCUGGGAACGUUUGGUACGCUGCGUCAAAAGAGCUAUGGGUCAUGCAGUACAUAACGAAAGUAUUCAAGAACACGUCCUAUACAGUCUCAUGUGUGAGGCGGAGAACAUCGUUAAUUCCCGACCGUUGACACACAUCCCACUUGACGCACCCACUGAUGAACCGCUAACUCCCAAUCAUUUUCUUUUAGGUACCCCAAACGCUGAGCAAACGCCACAUCCGAAUGAAGAGCAGUUCCAAGCCACUCGCAAACAAUGGCGUAAGGCCCAACAGAUGCAAUACCGAUUCUGGAAGAGAUGG